AUGGCGGGAACAUAUAAUGCACUCCAUGUGGCACCAAUCGGUUUACGACGGUUUGACCUUCAAGAACUCGGCUUUUUUCAAACUUCUCAUGGAUAUUCGGAUGAAGUAUGACCAACAAUUCUUGUUGUAAAUCACUUAUUAGUGUAAAUAACGAACUUGUGAGAAAAAUUCUUGAAGAUAAGUUUACUUUGGCAACCACUUCAUUCUCCAAUGUUUAUCUUGGAGUUUGGGAGGGAAAAAACGUUGUAGUUAAAUUCUUUCAUGAGAAGCACAAGCCUCUAGCCCAAAAAGAAUUAUCACUUAUUGCUCAACUUGAACAUGAAAAUAUCAUACAUUUGAUUGGUGCCGGACCUUCACUUCCAUUGGAUUGUUCUUUCUUGAUCCUCGAGUAUGCCAAUUGUCAUUCAUUACAAAACGUUUUGUAUGACUUCUCUGGAGUUCAUUAUAACCUGGUUAAUACUUUGAAUUGGAUAUUGCAAAUUAGUCGGGCUUCAGACUAUUUACAUCGUUUAUGUUCCCCCUCAGUUAUACAUGCAGAUAUAAAACCUUCCAAUAUUUUAGGUUUUGAUAGACUGCGUUUAGUUAAAUUAGGUGAUUUUGGAUCAUCUAGAACUACUUUGUCUGACGAACCUUCUGUUUUUGGAACUCUGUGUUAUAUGGCCCCAGAACUAUGGACAGUUCGAAGUGGUGAAAAAUUACCGUACUCAGAAAAAUCUGAUGUCUACAGUUUAACGGUUACAUUUUGGGAAUUUCUAGCUCGUGAACCCCCAAAUAAAAUCCUGAAAAGAUGUGAUGUAGCAGACAAGUUUUGGUCUUCUAUUACUCAGCGACCACCUACAUUAGCUGGGUGUCCUGAACUACUAAGCAUUAUUAUUGAGAGUGGUUGGGCUGUAAAUCCCAUGAUUCGACCUACAAUGUUCCAACUGAGCAAAUGUUUGACUUCUAUAAUUGAACAAAUAUUUCCAGUAGAUAGCAUUAUCCAAGGUGUUGAUAUCCCUGAUGACUGUUUAAGCUUUUUAAAGAAAUUGUAGCAUAUUGCACCUUAAAAGUGUAUAUAGUUUGAGACAAUGUUCCGUUUUCCUAAACUUCCAAGUACAUGUGGAAUAAUCUUCUUACAGUAUCUGUUUGGUUAGUUGUUUAUCAUUCGUUCGACGACUUCACUAACCGUACAGUUCCGUUCCAAUAUUUGUACUUUUAAUAUUCCGUUUUGUGUAAACUUUUUUAUUCCUAACCCAAGUUGAUUUUCUAUAAUAUAAACUGGUUUAGGUCAAUUGUGUUUAGUUGAAGUACAUAUCAACUUAUCAAGUAUUUCACCUCUAGAACUAUAACAAUUGCAAUUACUUUAAGUGCAAAGGUUGGUUGCCGUAAGUGAACAUCUCGAAUUGUUUCACUAACAUUUAGUUAAACGCCUUCAUCCUCAUAGUUUUUAUUUUUCGGCCUUCAUGCUUUUAAGUAUUACCCACUUGAAGAUUUAUUUGGUUACGAAUACUUACCUUCUUGUGUAUAUCAACUAUACCGCA